AAUGACAUGUGGUUAGAGAUAAGGCCAACUUACAAUGUCUUUGAAAAGCAUGGCGACAACUACAACUGGUUCUUUCUUGCACAUCCCACUACGUUUGCUGUCAUUGACAAUUCAGUGUAUCUGCCCUUUACUAGGGCUUUAACAUGACCUUUCUACAUGGGCCACACUAUACAUGGCAACCUCCAAGACCUGGCUGUGGAAGGAGAAAUUGUCAAGUCUAGAGUCUGAGACAGCCUUCUCAGUAAGUCUGAGAAGUGUGCAGAUUGAAGUGUGAUUUGGAAAUUAUCUGAAGACAUUCGGCUGGUGGUCAGCCUCAAAUAAGCUGCAGUUCUUGCAGAAAAUGCAGGCUUCUAAGGAAGAGUUGUAUUUAAUACAAAUCCAUUUGCACAUCUUACAAUGUGUAAUAACCCUCAGCAAGUAGUGGAAGGCUGCUGUUUGGGUAUGGCUAUUACUUUUAAUGGGCCAACUCCCAGAAAGGCGAUAGUAAUGAUGUAUGGUGUACACUGGCUCAGGGUUCAUUAUUUCAACAGUAUACUGCAGCACAAAUGGACCAAGACAGAAACUGGCACUAAGAGUAGAGUGCUGCUGUAA